CCGUUCUCCGGUGCCUGAUCGUCCAACGGCCACGAAGACGGAUCCUCUCUUCAAUAUAUCCGGAUGUUCUUGUUGUGUAACUCUGCAGGCCAUUAUAUUCUUGUCCAUUAUGCCACCCAGUAUCUCCGGUGAGCGCCCCAAGCGGCGCCGCCGUGUGUAUGCUUGCGACUCGUGCUAUAGGAAGAAGAUUAAAUGCGACGGCGCGUUGCCCCGGUGUGAUUGGUGCCACCACCACGGCAUCCCUUGCACGUAUGUCCGCAACGAAGACCUGCGGUCGUGCAAGACGCCGAACACGAAGCUCAAGACGCCCCCUGCAUCGGCCGUGAGCACACCAGUCGAACAAGAACAAGUUCAGGACUCCUCUCGGUCUCCAUACCCCACUCCUGGUCCACAGGCCGUGGCACCUCAGGGGUUUGGAGCGACUAUCUGCUUCGCCGGGCAAUCCCUGGGGAAUAUCGGUGGAUUCAAUGGCCUUCCUGUGUUUUCUGCUGCUGGGAUCGAGUGGAUCAAGGCUCGCACUGGCGCAGAAGUCACUCUCGACUGGUAUCGUACAUUGCCGAGUCAAUCCAUCCCUCAUGCUAAUCCCCAACGCCUGCCACUGCCUGACAUCAGGCUUCUCCGGCAGGUGCUGGAGAAUCAUCAAAAGACUCUCUCACAUCGCCUGUUUCCGGUUAUCAACGAAAAGUGUUUCGAGUACACCAUCCGCGCGGCUUACAACCAUGAAUUAUCCGAUAUUUCGCCGGGCCCUGCCAGCGCCAGGUCCUGCAUCUUUGCUUUUAUGGCGUUUAGUUCGUUUGCUUCAGGCGCUGGGACGGAAAAUACCAUCACGUACACUGACAAGUUUGCCCAAGAAGUGUAUGAUCUGCUGCCCGAGGUCAUUUCAGAGUCGGUUACGCUGGAUGGGCUGCAGGCCAUCCUCAUGCUGUCCUUCUGCUGUCAGGCUGUAUCUGCCGAUAUCCUGAGGAUAGAAAUGCUGCUCUCAUCCGCAGCUCGAUACGUCUUUCACCUCAAGGGCAACACCUGCCCUAAGCCCACCGAUGGAGACGGAGACCCCCUUCUCGCAAAGUUCCACGUCCGCAACCUCUUCUGGAUCAGCUUCAUAUUCGAUAAAAUUCUCGGCCUGCGCACUGGUCUCCCGCCUCUCUUCGACACAACGAGCUGCGACCUCACCCUGCCCUCCCCCGACGGCGUUGACGGCCACGACCCAGCAGUCUUCAUCACCAUGAUCCGCCUCUGCAUCGUCCAAGCAGAAAUCUACCGCGGACUCUACUGCGUCCCAGCCCUGAACAAAAGCGACGCCGAGCUGCUUGCCACGAUCCGAACUCUCGACAACACACUGGAAGAAUGGUGGUCGACAGUCCCUGAAUUCUCGUCCGACGGCUACCCAGACUCUAUCAUGGCGGACUUCCUCUUCAGAAUGCAAUACCACUACUGCACGAGCGCGAUUCAUCAAACGAGCAGUCGCUGCACGGCAUGGGUCUUGAAUCAGGAUACACGCACCGCCGGGUCAAGUCUCGCGAUUAGUAUCAGCGCUGGCCGCUCUCUACUGAAGAAAUUCCUCGACGGGAAGCGGCAUCUCUUAGGGCAUCAUCUCAUGUUCUGCCUCCCCGAAAUAACCGUCUCGACAAUCCACGUCUUCUCCAACAUCCUCAUGAACCCGCUCGAGGUCUCCAGCGCCACAGACCUGAAUCUCUUGCGGUCGGCCCUCACGCAUCUCCGCGAGCAUCUCUGGCAGCAGGCGCCGGAAUCUUUCACGGUGCAGGUGCGUCUUGUGGAGAGCUUUAUGGCGGAUUUGCAGCGGCUGGCGGAGUGUGCGAUUCGGAAGGCCUGCGCGGAGGCGAGGGCUCAACUUGAAAAUUAGAUUCUAUCCUAUUCUAGCCUGUUUUUGUUUUUUGGUCUUCUAGAUUAUACCCUGAUACGUUUUGAAUUCUGGUGUUUGCUUUCUUCUUGUUUGGCCAGGGCGUUUG